CACACUCUUGCUCAAACUCUGCCCUCAUCUCCACGGAUCACUAUGAAUCGGUGCUUCCCUUCAGCUCUCAACCUCUCACCGACUCACCAUGCCGUCUCUCGAUUGGUCUCUCCAGCCAUUCUCAACCUUGCCAUCACUACAACCCCUGGCCCCUGCUGCCCUGCAACGCUCACCGCUCACCUCCAGCUGAGCUCCAAGGCUGCCGCUGGGUCAUCUCAUCCUGCCUCUCACCGUGGCACCAUGUUGUCAACCCAUCACUACAAGUCAACAACGCUUCUCACUCAGCACCGCUCACCUCCAGCUUUGAAUGGUGGAGACUUCGAAUACCCGUGGGGACCUAUUAUUCCCCGCGGGGAUGGGGACGAGGCAAUUUUUGACUCUCCGCCAAAAUUCCCCACGAGGAUCCCCGUACCCGCCAUUGAUGGGGAUGGGGAUGGGGAUGGGGAGGGGUCCCCGCCCCCGUGGGGACCCGUUGCCAUCCUUAGUACUGGUGAUUAGAAAUUACAGUUAAUUCUUUGCAUAUGCCUCUUUGAUUGCUUAAGGAGUGUGCGUUUAACCCCCAAAAUUAUAAAAAGUUACACAUUCAUCUCAUACUUAGACUUUUUCCUAUUAGCCUUGAGAGGUUUUUACUGUCAAAUUUCGACAAAAGAGGAUUUUACAUAUUCACCUAAGAAAAUUAUGUUUUUUAG